AUGAAAACACAAUCAUCAGGAGCAGUAAAAAUAAAACGAACGUCGUCAUUGAUCAACAAAUGCUUGUUUGAUGAUGAUUAUGAUGAAGAUACGGAUGAUAUUCAAACGAAAAAUCAACUAGAUAUCGAUUAUGAAGAACAUGGUGAGGAUAGUGAUGAUGAAGAUGAAAUUGAAAUUAAAGAUGAGAAUACUCUUGAGUUUAUUUAUGAGAACGAUUUUUUCUAUUUACUUACUGGCUCAGCAAUAUCUCGACCUAAAUCGAAGAGAAUUCAUAGAUUCCUUGGUGCUCUGGUAGGAAUAUGUGUUAUCUGUACAUGUGUAUUGGCUGUCAUAUUGGUAGGUCAUAAAUUAUGUAUAACUCAAUAUUGUUUUAAAGCAGCGAGUUAUUUGAUUGCAACCAUUGAUGAAACAGUCGAACCAUGCGAAGAUUUUUAUCAUUUUGCUUGUGGAAGAUGGAUUAAAAAUACUCAAAUACCUGAUAACGCACUCACAGCUAGUUUAUUAAAAACGCAAUUAAAUGACAAUCUUAUUGAUAUAUUAACACCACUACCUACUAAUGAUGCAACUGAGCCGAAAGCUAUAAGCAAUGCUCGAGUUUUGUAUCAUUCAUGUAUUAAUGAAGAAAAUAUUGAAAAAGAAGGAAUUGAUUCAAUUCUCUUAUUAAUCAAUCAAGAAUUUGGUGGUUGGCCCAUAUUGCAAGGAUCAUCAUGGAAUGCUUCUACCUUUAAUCUUUUCAAUCUUUUACUCAAAUUACGCCAAUAUAGUAAUGAUAUCAUAUUUAGUGUAGAUACAUCGAUUGAUGAAAAAAACUCGACAGAGUAUGAGAUUGUGAUUGGUCGAAGUGUUCUUGGCUUAGAUAAACAACAAUAUUAUUUCAAUGAAACAAAAAUGACUAAUGCUUAUCAACGAUUUAUCACUGAUGUAGCGAUAGCAUUAUCUAAUAAUACAUCAAUGAUUGAACAAGAUGUCAAAUAUAUAUUUGAAUUUGAAAAAGAAAUUGCAAAAUAUUAUUGGACAACAGCUGAUCAACUGGGUCGACAAAAUCCAACAAUUCGUACAACUGUUGAUAAUAUUCCUCAGUUAUUAAAUACCACAUUUAAUUUAACAAAUUAUCUACGUUCAGCUUUCUCAUGGGCUGGUAUAGAUAUCCUCGAUAGUGAUAUUGUCACUGUAGAUGAACUUGAUUAUUUCUAUAAUAUCUCAUUAAUUAUUGAUCAAACUCCACCACGUACAUUACAAAAUUAUGUUAUAUGGCGUUUUAUGAUGGAUCAAAUUCAUAAUAUGCCAAAACGAUUUCGAAGUAUUGAAAAAGAUUUUGAUCAUAUUGUUCGUGGUACAGCCACUGAAGAAGCACGCACGGUAAUGUGUGGAAAUUAUGUCAAUGAUAAUAUGGGAUUUGCUGUUUCAAAACUUUAUAUAAAAAAAUAUUUUGAUUAUAAUGCUCGAAAUCAAUCAUUUGAAAUUGUUAGAAAUAUUCGAAAAGCAUUUAUUAAUACAUUGAAUGAAUCGACAUGGAUGGAUAAUAUAUCAAAAAGUAAAGCAAUUGAAAAAGCUGAAGCUAUUGACGAAAAAAUUGGAUAUCCAGAUUAUUUAGCCAGUGAUAAUGUAACACAACUUGAAACUGAAUAUGCUGAGUACAUCUUCAAUUCAUCUUAUAUAAACAAUGUUUUAAAACUAUUGCAAAUAAAAGCAAAAGAACGAUUUCAAAUUCUUCGAAAAUCUGUUGAUCGCAAAGCAUGGAAUUUUAUUGCACCAACUGUUGUUAAUGCGUUUUAUUUACCAUCAACAAAUCAAAUUACUUUUCCGGUUGGUAUUCUCCAAAUGCCAUUUUUUCAUAAAGAUGCACCAAAAUAUCUUAAUUAUGGUGGUAUAGGAACUAUAAUUGGACAUGAGAUUACUCAUGGAUUUGAUAAUGAUGGUCGUCAAUUUGAUAAAGAUGGAAAUCGAAUUCCAUCGUGGACUAAUGAAACAAUAGAAAAGUUUAUUCAACGUAAAACAUGUAUUGUUGAUCAAUAUAGAAAUUAUACGAUACCAGAGAUUAAUAUCAAGGCAAAUGGUUUUCAAACACAAAAUGAAGAUAUUGCUGAUAAUGGUGGAUUACGAGAAGCUUUUUUUGCAUAUCGAAAAUGGGCACAAGCUAAUCCAAAUGUUGAUAAAAGACUACCAUUUCUUUCAAAAUAUUCUCCUGAACAAAUGUUUUUUAUAAAUUUUGCUCAUUCCUUGUGCUCAAAAGUGACUAAUUCACUUGCACUUAAUCUUGUUUCAUCAGAUGUUCAUUCGUUAGGACUAUUGCGAGUGAUUGGUCCAACAUCGAAUUUUGUUGAAUUUGAUCGAGCAUUUAAUUGUAAGCCAGGUCAAGGAAAUUGUCGAGUGAACAAAUGUAUUGUUUGGUAG